AUGUAUUCCCUGGUCUUCCUCUGUGCCCAGAAAGUUGUCUCCCAUUACACAACUCUGCAAGAUGCCCUGGGCUUCCUCCCCAAGGAGCUGUACCCCGUGCUGUUCAAGGCCGCCUUCAUGGAUAAGAGAACUCCGUCGCUCCAGCAGUUAGUGCAGACCUGGCCCUUCCACGUCCUCAGUUUCCAGAAACUCCUGCGCAAAUGCCAGCAUUGCGAACGGGCCCUGAUCCGGGAGAAGCCCAACAAGCUGUGCAUCCAGGCCAUUAUCUUGGGGGUGGUGACGUACCUCAUGAAGAUGCUGGAGGAUCGAAAUCGUACUAAGAGCAAGGGGCAGCGCUUGCAGAUCCUGGACAUGACGGGCCUGCAGGACGAAGGGCAGGGCCCGGAGAGCAUGAGCCUGUGGUCCAGGACGGUCACGCUGGCCAAGGCCUGCCUGGACGUCUCCAAGCAGCAGAGCAAGUGCUUGAAGCGCUCCUCCAAGCGCAGGAAGGGCCCCUACAGCAGCUCGGUGGCCGUGCCGGCGCCCCAGCCUGUUUCCGUGGACGUCUGGGUGGACCUUUUUGUCAACAGCACCUCCUACGUGGUGCUGAAGGACGCCCUGCAGAUCAACAGCAACAACGCCCUGCGCCUGCGCUGCCGGGACUUCCGGGCGGAAGAGCUCUCCAUCGCCAGCACGGUGGGGCUGCUGGAGUUCCUGGACCCGGCCGGGGUCCGGCAGGUGGACCUGGACCUGCGAAGCCCCCUGGAGAGCCUGGAGCUGGCCUUUUGCUACCUGCUGCCCAACGACUUCGCCUACCUUUCCCAAAGCCUCCACACCUCGGCCCUGAAGAAGCUGGACCUGAGCGGCAACAACCUGUCCGACUCCCGGGUCAGCAACGAACUCCAGCAGAUGCUGCUCAGCGCCAACCGGGGAGACGCCAUCUGGACCACGAACCUUUGUCGCCACAACAGCCUCGACUAUUUCAGUUUAUAG